GGAUAUACACGUACUACUGUGUUUUGGUUCAUCCUCGCUGUUCAUUGUUCAUUGUACAGCGGACCACGACUUAGCUCAGAACAGGUUCCACCAUGGUGUUACGGGGGCACGUGGCUUUGACGGUCGUAACGGUAGCAGCCCUCGUAUCGGUGAUCUUGUUGGCACAUAGCUUUGAGUAUAACGCUGUUCCAAGACCAGCCGGCUUGGAAUACAUCAAACAAAAACCAGACCGUAAAGUUAUGAAGCCCAUUUGUCCCCCGAACCAGACUUUAUCCGGUGUGGAGGAUCUGCUAUGUAUGAAAAUUCCAACGUUCAUGUCAGACUACAAGAACCCUUGUUGGCGGAGAAAAGACGGACAGCUUAGAUGCUUGCCUUAUUUCAUGCUCAUCGGUAUGGACAAGUCCGGGUCUAGUGAUUUGUUUGACCGGAUAACCAAACAUCCGGAUAUUCUAGGGAACGGUGGUGAAAUAGGAAAAGAAACAUGGUGGUGGAGCUGGUCACGUUACGGAUAUAAUUUGAUAAACAGAGUCAAGACACAGAAGUUUGAGGAUUAUUUAAACCUUUUCAAACAUUCCACCCAGACGAUCAACUCCCCCAACAAGACAGACAGCAAUGGUUUCCAUUUCGCCAUCACGGGAGACGGCACACCGAUGGACGCCUGGGAUUUCCGAGGUUGGACUCAGAUUCCGCAAAACAAGGGUCUGCAGGAACCGAAAUUUUUAACGCCAGACCUAGUCCAACACGUUAAUAAAAACAUGAAACUUAUCAUCAUAAUGAGGAAUCCGAUAGAAAGGCUUUACUCAGAUUACUUUUUCCUGAAAUUGGCCGGGCAAUCCUCAGAGGCUUUCCAUAACUCUGUGGUCGCUUCCAUUGACAUCCUGGGUAAAUGUCUGAGCAGACACCCUAUGUUGACAUGCCUAUCGGGUACAAAAGAACACCAAUGCUGGAAUAGAGCGGCUCGGAUCCACAUUGGGUUCUACUCCGAAUAUGUUCUGGAGUGGCUAAGAGUGUUUCCACGGGAUCAGAUCCUUUUCCUCCGUACAGAGGACUACUCUGCCGACCUCAGUGGUCAUCUGGCUAAAGUAUUCAGCUUCCUUGGGUCACGUCCGUUAACAGCAUCGGAAAUAACGUCAUACGGAAUAGACUUGAAAACCAAAAAGCACGUAACACAAAGCAAGAAAACAAAGGGCCCCAUGCUGGAGAAAACUAGAGCGAUACUGUCCACACUGUACGAACCUUAUAACAAAAAACUGGCCAACAUCUUGCAGGACAAUCGGUUCUUAUGGAAAGACAGUAAGGCUAGAUGAUUGCAAAGGACAAUCAAAUGAGGCCUGGUAAAGAGAAGAUGUAUGAUGUGCCUUGCGUCAUGUGGGGUUCACGCCGUACGUCUUGUGGGACUCAAGCCGUACGUCAUGUGGGUUCCACACGGCAAAAUGAUGGAAUAGACAUUCCACUAUACAACAGUUGUGGUACUUCGGGAAGUACAAGCCGUUGAAACCAUACCACAAAAAGACAUAGUGUGAUUCUAGUCCUGAACAGGAAUGGAAACAUUAUCGAACAGCGAUUGGAGUCCUCGUGCAAGGUGUGAACACAGUUCUAUUGACGUCGAUUCGUUUUAACAGUUCUGUUCACGUCAAUGUGUGUCAACAGUUCUGUUAACGUCAAUCUGUGUCAACAGUUCUGUUGACAUCAGGGUGUGUCAACAGUUCUGUUGACGUCAAGGUGAGUCAACAGUUCUGUUAACGUCAAGGUGUUUCAACAGUUCUGUUGACGUCAGGGUGUGUCAACAGUUCUGUUGACGUCAAGGUGUGUCAACAGUUCUGUUGACGUCAAGGUGUGUCACUCCAGGGCACUUGUAUAGGCAUUGAUGAAACCCGUUACCAUCGUUCAAUCCAAGGCACGCGAAAAGAUAUUUAUGAAUGACGUACAUUGUAGCUUACGUUCAGUCGAAGGCACGUGUAAAGACAAUUAUGUAUGCAUAGCCUACGCUUACUCCAAGGCACGUGUAAAUGUUUCUAUGUACGAUGUAACCAUCGUUCAGUCGAAGGCAUGUGUAAAGUAUCUAUGUACUAUGUAACCAACGUUCAGUCCAAGGCACGUGUUAAAACAAUUAUGUAUGCAUAUCCACUGAUCACUCCAAGGUACGUGUAGAAGUAUCUCUGUAGGAUGUAACCACCGUUCAGUCCGAGGCAUGUGCUGAGGCAUUUCUUUUACAAGCCGUAGCCACCAUCAGGUUCAUGUUCAUGACAUUUGUAUAGACAAUAUAUGACGUGUAUAACCGGGAACUGCGGUAAUCACCUGCCGAAAAGAUUACUAAUAUAGCUUUCAUUAUCAAAUUGAAUGAUGUUUUGUAAAACUGAAUUAUCAAAAUCUCCUGUCGUAUGGGUACUCUGUAUAAACUGUGAAAUUUAACUGAAUGAGAAAGACCACCUAAAAACCGAAAAAAAACCGCUACCAUAUCAUACCACGUUAGCACAGAAGGCUUGGGACAUGAAAAAAAUGGUUGAACAUGAUAUUACAAAGUUUUAAUACCAAGUGAGAACGGGUUUUUAUUCUAUAGGGAAAUUGCUCAAGGCAUUACAGGGGUUGCAUGCCAAGUUAGAAUGGGUUUUUAUCCAAAUGGAAAAACUGUUAAGACACUAAAGUUUUCUACCUCGUCAGCGCUCUAGCCAUAGCAAAAGCAACUCAGUGGUGAAAAAAUGGCUGUAUUUACGUGAUGGUUUUCUGUAUGAAAUGACUUCUCUGGAACGACAAGAAAAACACAUGAGAUCAUCUUAACAAAACAGUGCGAUAUCCUUACCAUGUGCAUUAUGAUAUAUAUGUUGGUCAUCAAAAAAGGGUAAAGUUCUGUUCGGUAGCGUAGAUAAUGUUUCUACAUGGAGAGAGACAUAAAAAGGAAAUAGAUACAUUGCUCAUAUAAUACACCUGCAGAAAUAAAAUAACUUUGAGAUAUGUACAUCGAUAGUUAGGAUACACGCUUAACGAAAGUGGAAGUAAAACCGUGACUACAAUACCAGGUAAUCUGUUAACAACAAAUCGGAGAGGGAGUGAGAGAUAAUAUAUAAGGUACAGGACAUUCGGAAAAUGCUGAGAUAAAGGUAACUAUUUGUUUUCAUGUAAUCCAAAGAACAUACCCAUUCCCAUAUUCCUGUGUAGACAUGCUUUUUCUGAAAAACCCCAAACAGAACAUAGUGCUUGAUAGACAUUAACAGAAACAAGGAAUCGAACGACAAACUUAUGAGAGAAGUUAUCUAUUAUGUUUUUAGUUUUUAAAUGUUGUCGCUGUGUUGUUUAUGGCUUGUACGAUAGUAACCAAUGCCAAUGUACAUGUAACAUUUGUUAUCUAGAAAUAGAUACCUAUAUAAAAGUAUACCAAUGUCAACCAGUUAGCUAUCUUACCAUGUACUGUUAUAGUUUAAUAUGUGUGUACAAUAAAACCUGUCGAUAUCAC